AGGAAGCAGUGCAGUUUUCCUCCUGGCACCCCAUCUACGCAGAAGAGGAAUUAGCUCAACAACAGAGUACAUCCAGAAGUUACUGAAAAAUCCGGUGUUUCUGAUAGGUUUGAGACUUGGAAUUUAAAUACUAAAAAGUCAAGACGUUUUCACCUCUACCUCCUGCACUCUCUUACAAGCACUCCUCCCCUUGUGUCUUCAUGACUGUGGUUACCUCCUUUUCCUGGCUUGCGCAGAGGAAAUCCUGUUACGGCAUAGUCGAUCCACGGCACGGCUGCAAAAUCCCAUCUCUGAGCCUGCCGCUUCGGCUGCAUCUCCCCUCUUUGUCAGUCCUUCUGCUGCUCCCCCCUCUCCCCUGCAUCGGACGCGUCAGUCACAGGCUUCGCUUUCAAGUGUCCUCGAUAGUUUCCCCGUACAUGAGGGGCUUUUCUCAGCAUGCAGUCCCUUUAGAUUUGGGCGUGAUAACUAACCACAUCCUGCGCAUUGGACAUUUGGCUUGCAUCCCCAUAUCUUCCUGCUUUUCCAAAGGAUACAAUCUCACAUUGUCCUGGGCUUGAGCAGUAAAGGAUAAAUUUGAUCACUGGCUGACUUGUCAUCUCUUCAUUGUGAUGGAAAAAUGGUCGCCUAGAAUAAACCCAUUGUUAUGCUGCUAAAACUGCCUUUGAAUCCAAGAUCUGUUGUGAUUUUUAAAACACAAACCCAAAAAUGUCAGAACCCGACCCUUCAUCUGGAUUUGUAGGAAACAUGGAGAAUGGAACUUUUCUGGAGCUGUAUCCCACAUCCCUUUCAACUUCAGUGGAUUCAUCACCUGGCCCUUUAUCCAAUGUCUAUGUCUAUGUUUCUAUAUUCCUUAGUCUCUUAGCUUUUCUCCUUUUGCUAUUGAUCAUUGCACUUCAGAGGCUGAAAAACAUAAUUUCUUCCAGCUCCUCCUACCCAGAAUAUAAUAGUGAUGCUGGAAGUUCUUUCACUAAUUUGGAGGUUUGUAGUAUUUCUUCCCAGCGCUCUGCUCUGUCAAACCUUUCUUCAUGAAACUAAAUGAAAGGAAACACAUGGGGGUUGGAAGAGCUUUGUCUAGUUUCUUGGGGAGGUAGUGCAUGCAACAUUUGCCUUAGAAGACUAUUAUGAAGAGGUGGCUUUUAAAGUUUCCUUAGUUGUUUUUUUUUUUUCUUUCCUUUUCUAGUCUUCAUUUCCCCUUUUACUAAUGUUGUUUUUCAUUUUGGACAAUGGAUAGUGACACUUGAUCAUUGUUUCAUGCCUGUAAUAGUGAUGCUGUCUUUUUCUCACACAUAUACGGUGUUCAGUAGGAGUAUUCCUGCCAAACUGUAAUAUGGUUCUAACUGGAUAUGUGAUUCUUCUGCUCUAGUUGUGACCCCUUCCCUGGUUUUGUAUCAGUAAUAUGCUGACUACUUUUCUCUCUCCUUUUUUAAUUAGAUAAGGCCUUCUGGAUGAAAUCCCUAUUGCAAAAGUACAAAAAAACCAGCUUAAAUUAUAAAUAUUAGGACAAUUUAAAGUUGUUGGUAUUGUUUCUUUUUUUUUAAUGUUCACGUCUUUUUCAGUAUUUAUUGAUGUUCAUAAAACACAACUAAAAUCCAUUUCUUGAAGAAUGUUGCUUUUGUUUAUUUGUACUCCCAACUCGUUCUGUGUAAAGUCUCUGUAUUUCAGUUUUUGAGUCUCUUUGGUUAACUUAGUAAAGCAACUACAAUAAUGAUGCUCACUGCUAAA